AUGGAAAACAAAGAAAACAUUGAAGCUGCCACAAAGUUCUUAACUUCUAGCUUACAAACAUCCAAAGCUAUUUCUUCUGCAUUAGAUGAGUCUAGUUCAAGAUUGGAGCUUCUUGAUCAAAGAUUUUUAUCCAUGCAAGCUUCACUUAAACUCAUCUCAAUUCAAAAUCUACCCUUUUCUGAUGUUGAACAUGGUAUAGACAGUGUUCUAUGUUCAGUUUCAGCAGUUCACAGCGUGUUUGAAUGUGUUACUCAGUUGAAACAUUCUCUUUCCACAGACUUGAGUUCCGAUUUAUUCACAUAUGUCUCAUACACAAAGAAGCUUGAAGAAGCAUUGAAGCUUCUCACUGAUAAUUGUAAGUUAGCAUCAGGUUGGUUGAAGAGUGUUUUUGAGUUCUUACAAAACAAAACAACAGUUAGUAUCAAUGACUCUUACCUUUUGAAUCUUAACAAAUCGUUGAGAAUAUUGCAAGAAUUGCAGACCAUAGAGAACACCGCGCACUUCGAUGGAGGAAGUCUUAGUACUGCCCUUGACAAACUAGAGACUGCUUUUCACAAACUUCUAAUAGCAAACUGCAUGCCUCUUCCUUUGGUUUCAUUGGCAUCACACAUUGAUCCGCAAAACAAUGAUGCAAACCAAGGUAUGGAAUUUUCAAGUUCUUUAACAAAGAAGUUACAAAUUAUCGCAGAGAGAUUAAAUGCAAAUAAUAGGCUAGACAAGUGUCAAGCUAUGUAUGUUGAAGUUCGUGGAACAAAUGCUCGAAGAAGUUUGAAGACUUUGGAUUUGAGCUAUCUUGAGUUUUCGACAACUGAGUUUGAGGUUGCACAUGGAAUGGAGAGUUGCAUAGACAAAUGGGGAAAACAUUUGGAGUUGGUUGUUAAGAAACUUCUUGAGGUUGAAUAUAAGCUAUGUACUAUUGUAUUUGAGAAAAUUGGUUCAAAAGCAUGGAUGAGUUGUUUUGCAAAAAUUGCUAUUGAAUCAGGAAUCCUUUCAUUUAUCAAAUUCGGAAAGACGGUUACUUAUAGAAAAAAUGACCCUUUCAAGUUGCUGAAUCUGUUGUCAAUGUUUAAAGUCUUGAAUGGUUUAAGACUAAAAUUUAACCAACUUUUUAGAGGAGAAGCUUGUGAAGAAAUUAGAAUUGUGACAAAAGAUCUUAUUACAAGAGUUGUGAAUGGAGUUAAUGGAAUAUUUUGGCAACUUCCUGAACAAGUAAAGUUGCAAAGACCAACUUGUCCUCCUGCAGAUGGAAGUGUUCCUAAGUUGGUAAGUUUUGUUACUGAUUAUUGUGAUAAGCUUCUUAGUAAUGACUAUAAUCCACAUUUGAAUAAGGUUUUGGAAAUAUACUUUAGUUGGAGAAAUGAACUAUUUGAAGAGGGUAUAGUUUUGAAUCAAAUAUAUAGUAUAAUUAAGGAAGUUGCAGUUAAUUUAGAUGAUUGGUCAAAAGUGUAUGAAGAUAUCAAUUUGUCAUAUAUUUUUAUGAUGAAUAAUCAUUGUCAUUUCUAUAAUUUAAGAGGUACUUUAGUUGGAAAUAUGAUGGGAGAUUCUUGGUUAAGUGCACAUGAACAAUACAAAGAGUACUAUGCAGCACUUUAUUUGAGGAAUAGUUGGGGAAAUCUUCAAGAUAUUCUUGUAGUUUCAACCUCUAUGAGUUGUCAAGAUUUGGUCAAGAGAAUAAGUGCUUUUAAUCUAGCUUUUGAUGAAAAGUACAAGAAGCAAUGUAAUUGGAUAAUCUCUGAUGAGGCAUUGAGGAAAAGUGUAUGCAAACAUUUGGUGGAAGGUGUUAUACCAAUCUAUAAGGUUUACUUGAAGAAUUAUAUAUUGUAUGUUGAAAGUGAUGAUGUUAUGGUUGACAACAAACAUGUUAAAUAUACAGUACAAAGUUUGGAGAAUAGGAUUUGGUCAUUGUUUCAACCCAAAGUGAAGAAGAAUCAUGACAUUAAACAAAAAAAUUUGAUUAGUAAAAUAAAAGAAGUUAGCCAUAAGUUUGGUUUGACUUUAACUUAA